UCCCUUUCCGGAAGCCCUGCGUGUGGAAGCGGAAGUGAGGAGGGUUGUUUGCGCGGCGGCUGGUCCAAAGAUGGAGGAGGAGCAGAAGGAGAAUGUCCCGCAGGCUGCGGAAAGCUGUUCAGGUCCUGCUCAGCUGAAGCAGCGUUGCAGACUUGAUGGACAAGAGCAUCUAAUGAAAGCUACCCCUGCUGCUUGUAUAAAAGACUUCAGUGACCCCGUCUACAAAGAAAUUGCUGUCACAAAUGGGCACAUCAACAGAAUGACUCGUGAUGAGCUCCGAGCGAAGCUAGCCGAUCUCCAUUUAGAAACCAGGGGAGUGAAGGAUGUGUUGAGAAAACGAUUAAAGAACUACUACAAGAAGCAGAAACUGACCCAGACUUUGCUAAUCAAGCCCGAGUGUUCAGAUAUGUACUAUGAUUACUUAUGUGUUAUUGAUUUUGAAGCAACGUGUGAAGAGAACAAUCCACCAGACUACUUGCAUGAAAUUAUUGAGUUUCCUAUUGCUCUUGUGAAUACUCGAACACUAGAAAUUGAGGAUACAUUCCAGGAAUACAUCAAACCAGAACUGAAGCCCACUCUUACAGAGUUCUGUACCAAACUCACAGGCAUUACACAGGAUAUGGUGGACAAGGCAGGGAGUUUCCCAGAUGUUCUUCAACGAGUGGUUGAUUGGAUGAGAGAGAGAGAACUAGGAACCAAGUGUAGAUACGCAGUAUUAACUGAUGGAUCGUGGGAUAUGAGCAAGUUCCUGAAUGUUCAGUGUCACCUUAGCAGUAUUGAAUAUCCACGAUUUGCAAAGAAAUGGAUUAACAUUCGAAAAAGUUAUGGGAACUUUUACAAGGUUCCUCGGGCUCAGACUAAACUUGCUUCCAUGCUGGAAAACCUUGGAAUGAUGUAUGAAGGAAGGCCUCACUCUGGAUUGGACGAUUCCCGAAAUAUUGCUCGGAUUGCUAUCCGAAUGCUUCAGGAUGGAUGUCAAUUACGUGUCAAUGAACGCCUGCAUGCAGGACAACUGGUGAAUGUGCCCAACAACACUCCAUUGGAGAGUGCUCCUCCUCCUUAUUCACCAUGGCAGAAGAUUUAGUACUCGUGUGUGCAUUUGGUCCAAAGGAGCACAGCAUUCAGACUGCAAAAGACAUUGAUUUGCUCAGGAGCACCAGCAUGGUUUUGUGCUUUGUUGUUUUUUAUUCUGGGUUACAACGUUGUCUGUUAUCUUCCAGCCUGUAUAUAGUGUGAAAUGCUAUAAGUCAAGGAAGUGAGAAUGGCCAAAUUUCACUUAAUUAAUUUGAAUUUGUACAGACUUACCAAUAAAGGCAUUGUUUUAUAUUAGUUCAGCUUUGCCCUUUUAUAUCUUGUGAAACUGGCACCUUUAUCAAAUUGUUCCUUAAUAAGCAUUUUUUUCUUGAGUCUCUAUGUGCCACACCAUUUCCAUAAUCUAAAAGAAGCCAGCUGCAGCUUCACUUUACUUUUAUGAAGCACAGUAUUAUUCACCAUGCUUUUGGCAAAUCAACCCAGUUUAAUUCUAGCCUUGUUUUUGCUGUAUCUGCUGUACCAACUCAGUAAAAUAGUCUAUGCCAAAGCCCAAGGUAACUUGACCAACUAGAGUCCUAUGUAAUGCAUGUUCACUUUCCCUGCUGUCCUCCAUAAAGGACCUUACCUUAUUUCCACACGUUUGUUCCAUUUUCUUUUCCACAAAAGAGAAUGCUUCUGGUAUUAAUUUAAAUUCUAUGAUUUAAUUUUCAAAUUUUGUUUAAAUAUUUACACGAGACUGCCACAUUUAAUACUGCAAAUGUUGGAGAUUUAGAUUUAAAGAUAGAUAUUAGAUGUUUUUAUUACUUGUACACUAUUUAUUUCCCCUAACAUUUUAAUAUUUUGUCCAGCUGCUAUAUCUCUUAACUAACUUUUAAUAAAGUGAAUGAAUUCCCAAUUCCAAGUUGCUAUGUGCAGAAGAACAGUUUGGUGUGCCUUUUGAACUUGCUCUAUUCAGAGCAAUGGUUUGAGUGUUAGUAUCAUGUUAUAGAAGCACAUCACUUCAAUUGCACCUGAAUUCCUAUGGAGGCUAAUUCAGCUAUUAUUCAUUUUGAAAGACCACGUUCUCCAAUCCAUAUACCUUCUAAGCACAGCUCCCUAUUGGAAGUGUAGCACUUACACUUCAAAGUUUACUCCUUUCUUGGAAGUUUGGAAAGAUCAGAACUUGUUGCAUUUGUUACUUUGGUUUUGUCUAUUCAAGGCUAAUUUUUACAACAACAUUUUUACUCACUUUGAUAACUGGUUUAUGGAAAUGUCUUACACGUUCAAUAGUUAUAAAGGAGCAUUGUGUUGAUGUUCUCAUUUAUCACUAUCUGCUCUGUUGUGAUUAGUUAAUUGCGUUGUGCUGUUUUUAAAAAAUCCAUCGCGGUGCCUCGUAACUUUGUACCACGUAUGACUGUAUGGCAUUUAUGAUGUUGUGAUGCCAGUUCCAAUAAAAAAUGGUGGACUGACGUCUAUUCGAGAUGGCCAGCAUCCUCCUUAUGGUCUUACAUUGGCUGGUUUUGCAAUUAUUCCUCCUGGCAGCUGGCCUUGUCUGAUUUUCUCACUAAGGUCUAACAACCUUUUAGUUUUGGUACAUGUCUUAUGUACUGAAAGUCUGUUAGGGUUUAGAAUUAGAUGUUCAAAUCAAAUGCAGGGUAAUACUGUGAUAGUCCCCAAAAUACUGAGUUAUAAAGCACAGAAACAUCUGUUCUUAGACUUGUGUUUUUAUCAAUUUGCUGAUAGUACUAUACAGUAUCAGUUUCUCUGAUUGUCCCUCUUCCUCUCAAUUUUGCCACUGGGUUCAAAUAGUAACACUAUAUGUCAGAUAUGGCUCUGGAUGAGCAGAACGUAUCUCCCAAUUUUGAGGGGACUAAAGCUAUUGUCUACAGUCUCUACCGCACACUGUUCCUUAUCUAUGACAAACUCAGUUCCCUAUUGUCCAGCUCUGACAGUCCCUCUGAAUGUUUAAAUCAAAUAGAACAACAGUACUUCCUUGGUACUAUAUUGUAUAAUGAAAUGAGCAUGAAAUGAAAUGUCCUGACGAAGGGUCUCGGCCUGAAACGUCGACUGCGCCUCUUCCUAUAGAUGCUGCUUGGCCUGCUGCAUUCACCAGCAACUUUGAUGUAUGUUGCUUGAAUUUCCAGCAUCUGCAGAAUUCCUGUUGUUUGCAAUGAAAUGAGCAGUCAGCUUCAUCUGUGCAUCACUAGGAUGCUGGAUUUGCUCAAUUCCAUCUUUGUCUCAGCUUAUUUGCAAGUGGAAACUCCAAGCCAUUGUCUUUGUUAUCUCUCGAUUUGAAUAUAUUUAUGGAAUUGGCUCCAAAUUGCAUAUUUUUGAUCUGAUUAUUACUAUUUCCUUGUUUUCAUUGUUUCCAAUUUCUUGUUGAUUUUGUGUUUGUCGAUCCAUAUCAACAUCUGGGUAAGAAUAAUCACAAAUCAAAAAAUAACCUAUUUAAACAUCCUCCCUUCCCUAUCACCAGUCCUACAGCCUUUUGAGAUACUGCCCCAGCUUCAAUUCUGACCUCUUCAGCCUGCCUGUAUCUAUCUAAUUUCUUUAUCAUUGGCUCCUUUGUUUUCAACAACAUGACACAUCAGAUCUGGAAUUCAUUAAGUCUCUCUAAGGUGCUGUUAAUGAUGUUUUUAUCUUAAUCUUUUCAUGUCAUAGAUGUCAAAUGUUGUUUAAUAAUAUUCCUAUUAAGCACCUUGAGACAUUUUAAUAA